AUGAUCACUGCGCCUGCCCUCCAUGAAGCUGUUGCACCUCAUGGGAUGUUGCACAACCUGCGGGAUUGGCCAAUCUUUGACCGAGCGACAAUGGUGCCUUCAGCUUCAGGUGACAGGAGGAUUCCAGCUUUGGCAGUGGAGCCAUUGAACCAUAGCCAAUUCGCCUACGUUCCUUCACCUAUCUCGGAAGUUACUGCACCGGCGCCUGCCGAACACCAGAACAUUUUCAGAAGGGCGCUGCAGGAGCCAAACACACUGAGUAUGGACGACGUUCAAGUGCUGGCUGCUACAAUUUGCCAGUCAGCCAUCCAGAAGGUGAACUACGCCGUGCCAGCCGCAGAAUUUUGUGUCACCAUCAUCAAGCGCGGCGAGCGUACCCAGCUAGACUGGAGCGAGAUGUUUCUGGAUUACGUGCUGCUCUUCUGCCGCGAGCUGUUCAGCAGCCGAGACGAAAUCUUGCGGCCAUCCGACCAGCCCACCGUCCGCUCCCGUCGCUGGGUGGCCUACGUUAGCUUCCUCGCCGAACUUCUCGACGGACUCAGCGAUGCGCAGGCUGAGAACAUUGCCAGGCUUUCCCGUAGUGGCGGUGCCUACGCGGUCAAGGCGAGAAGCAUGCUGGUGCUCUCCACUCUGAUCUGCGUCAGCUGCCACACCAUGUUGCAGCCGCCAUCGCUUUACAAUCCUACCGAGAUGGACUGCCUCAAGACGGCGCUCAUCACUGCUGGCGCUGCCUUGGAGCGCGAGGCGCCGGAAAGACUGUCGGCUGUCAUGCGCGAGAUUCAGAUCGCCUUAGAUACGCAGCGCCUCCCGAUCCGCUCCCGACAGGUUCUGCAGGAAUUGAUGGAGCUCAAAGCCUCAGGCUGGCAGCCGAGCCCUUCCGAGCAAACUUACGUGGCCACCGGUACAGACCGCUAGUGUGACAGAAAGUCCAACGGCUCCUAACAUGCGGCAUUCACUAGCGAGGAUCUGUGUCGGUGUAGUUAGUGGGCGGCGCUGCAAAGUAUGGAACCGUAAGGCCUCGC